AUCCACGCACAUGAACGAUAUAACGAUGUUGUGCAGCUGUACGAUGCCCUGAAACAUUCAUUACCUGUGCCAUCAACGCCAUUUCAUCCAUCCCUCCAAAAAGUCACCCUUCUCGCACGACCAGCUUUACUCGAUCGGCGCCAGAGGCAACUGCAGUAUUGGCUCGGCGCGGUCCUCCUGCACCCCGAGAUUGGUGCAUGUCGGACUGUAAGGUAG